GUGCUCAAGCUCAAGCGGCAGCUGCGGUUCCAAAUGCUCCUCGAGCUCGGCCGGAUGCCACCACCGCUCUUGUAUGAGCUUUUGCCAGCGCCGCGCUUGGCCUUUGAAGUGGACGACAUGAAAAGCAAACUCGAAUCCAAUGUGGCGCCACAAAUCGAGGUCCAGGAGGUGCAAGUGGUGAUCGAAGCGCCGGUCAUUGUCGAAGUGCGUGAGAAGAUCGACUAUGACGCCCUCGCCAAGCAGCGCAAGGCCAAGGAGCGCCAGCAGUGGGAAGAUGAGAUGCUGGUCAUGAACCGCGCGCAAAUGGAGUCGGAAGAUGCCGCCGCGCAGCUCUGGCGGUCCAUGGACGACGAACACGACAUUGAGGUGGUCGAGGACGUGCCGGCGCCCCGUGUCCGCGCGGCGCGCGACUAUACCAAGUCGUACUUUUUCUCGUCGCUCCCGAGCUCGCACGACGCGUACGCCAUCGCGGGGCUCGGGUGGCGCGCGGGCUGCGGCCUCUACAACGGCGACGAAGAGGCCGAAGCGCGCGAGGUGCGCGAACUUGAGCGGCUGCGCCAAUUGGAGCUGGACCGCCUCGAUCGUACCGUUUAA